GAAACCUUUUCAAAAUACCUUCGACAAAAUUUUUAACGGUCUUGUCUAAAAUGUGUGGCCUAAGAGUUUGAUGUGCUGCCCUUGGAUGGACCAGAAUCAAGGAAACAAGCAUUAAAAAGACUUAAGAGAGACUUGAGAGGAAGAAGAAUUGGGAAAACAAACCGAACCAAACCUCUAGAAAAACAAAACUACAAUCCAUAUCCAUCAACGUUUUUUUUCUGAACCAGAUUUGGUAAAUCUGCUCCAAAGUAGUACCAAGGAAAAAAUGUCAACUUUGCACAGGCAAGUGGAACUGAAGAUUGGAUUUAAAAUUCUGAGAGGACACAGUGAUCCUGUGAGCUCCUGCCAUUUUUGCUUUGAAGACACAAAAAUACUUUCAUGCUCUUGUGCAGUGAAACUCUGCAUGUGUUCCAAACACAACAACAAAUUAAAGAAAAAAAUCUUAAAGCUGAAAUCAGACAAGGAGUGUUACACAGGCGUGAAGAUGGACGCAGCUGAUGUGAUCUUUUUGGAUUUCAGCAAAGCUUUUGAUCCUGUCUCUCCCAGGGUCCUUCUGGACAAACUGCCCAGCCCACGGCUGGAUAAACACAUCCUGUGGGGAAAACAUCGAUUUGCUGCUUUCAUUCAUGUAAUUUUUAGAGUGGCAACAUCAACCUCUGAUGACACUGUCAGGGCCUGGGGUAUGGCAACAGGAAGAAUACUUUGGACAGUAAAACACGGAUGCAUUGUAACUUCACGUAAUUCUUGUGAUGGGAGGUGAGGGGUAUCUGGUUCAGACAAAGAAAAUAGCAGGAAUGUUUUUGAUGCAAUCUGUGCAACAAUAGUGGCACAUCUCCAAGCCACGGCUGCAUUGUUUCCUGUUUCCAAAGCUCACUCUCCCCGUGUUCCUCAUCUGUGUUUCAGGGGCAGCAGUGACAUCUCAGGGUGCUGCUUUGCUGAUGGUCAUUACUUGUGCACAGCAUCCUUAAAAAGCGAGCUUAAAAUAUGGGAUAUAAAGACAGGAGAACUUCAGCGUCAUGAACCUGCUCCCUUGAGCCAAGGACAUGAGGAUUCUGCUGGUUCCUGUGUUUUUAGCCAAGAAGAUUUCAUCCUUAUGGAAAUAAUGUCAGUCCCUCUUUUGGUAAUAUGCAAUAUGACACCUUUUUCUCAGGAUUCUACUUUAAGGUUGUGGAAUGUUGAAAAGAUGGAUCAUAUUCCUUCAGUGCCAGAAACCAGAAAAGCAAGAGGCUCAAAAAUUGCUCAGUUCUCAGAGUGUAAGAAACAUUUCUUAUGCCUGCAAUAAAGUGACUCUGAAGCAGUGUCCAACUGCUCCUUCUGUCAUCUGGCUUCUCCAGUGAGAAAAAAUUUGCCAUUUCCACCUUCUCCUGAUCUUUGAAUUAAUCUGGUAGCCUUGGGACUGUACAGCUGUAUAAAAUAGACACAGAAAGCUAAAACUUUGCCCUAACUUUGCUCUACCCACAGUAUUCUGUGUGAAGAAUAAUAAAACACAUUGCACUAACCCAUUUAAUAGCUGUGAUGCAUCAGGUGAAGAAUAAAAUCCCCAGGAGUAGAAAUAUUACUUGUGCUGCAUGGUGCUAAGGGAUUGAAUUGCUUACUUGUCCUUUGGGAAACUUUAAACAAUUUUAAAUGAAUACACUAUUUCAAUCUUGCCAAAGAAAAUACAUUUCUAUGCAAAUUAUUGACAGGUUUCCUUUUGUUCUCUGGAUGACCCAUUCCUCUUUACAACAACAAACAAGAAUCUUUGCUGGCAGUGGACACCAGGAAGAGUUUUUUUGAGUAAAACAGUGAAUAAGACCAUGAACUUUUGUCCAAUUUGUUGUCAUACCCCUUACAGAAAUCUGGUAAAGGAGCUUUCAGGCACUGAGAGUAAGUUCAUGUCUGGCAUGAUGCAGCACAAAUGAAUUCUGUGGAAUAAAGGCUCCCUCCAACGAGGAGUGUGGGCACAAGUCCUUUAUUAGGAUCAGCUCUAUUCAGUAUACAUGCCAAUUAAUAAAAAAUUUAAUGUCUCAAAAUAUUUGGAAGCCUUAUUCCUAAAAGUAGGGGUUUCAACCUUUUCAUAUUUUCUUUCUAAAAGGAACUUAAACUGGAGAAAAUAUUUGGGACUGGGCAUGUGACAGCCUGGAAUGCAGUUAAGCUGUGGAAUACAAAGAAAUCUUAGCAGCUAGGGUUUGUUUUUUUUCCACCCUUGUUUAAAUUAUGUGAAGGUUAAAUGAAAAUUAUUU